CUUCUUUUUUUGCACACAUUGGAGGAAAGUCUUACUGCCACCAAGGAAGACAAUUCAUUUAAAAUGUGUUUGAUAAUAAUAAACAAUAAUUUUUACCUGUAAUUAUUAUUUUUUUCUCCAUAUGUUUAAAUGUAUGAUUUAACCAGAAUCAAAUUCAAAUACACCCAACAAGUUAAUCUGUUCAGACUUAGUUAUUUACCCAUUUUAAAGUUUUAAUUGUAACUACUUAAAUGUUUUUCUGUUUGUCUCGGACUAUUUCAUGCUCACUCCGGGCUUUUAUUUUGAAGGAAGGCCGGAAACUCGCCACUACAGGUUCCGUCUUCCUCGCUGUCUUGACUCGUCGUCGCUAAAUGGCGAUGCUCGUUGUGGUGGGUUGUAGUUAGCAUAUUCUCCUGCACUGCAUCGGUGAAUUCAUCUCGUCUGCGGUGAGAGCGAUGGCGAGCCUGGACCAGAAAUCCCCCAACGUCCUCUUGCAGAGCCUGUGCUGCAGAAUCACGGGGAAAAGCGAAGCUGAAGUGGCCCACCAGUUUCAGUAUGCGGUCCGAGUCAUUGGCAACAACUACGCUCCCACCUUUGAGCGCGACGAGUUCCUGGUGUCGGAGAAGAUCAAGAAAGAACUGGUGAAACAGAGGAGGGAAGCAGACGCCGCGCUGUUCUCAGAGCUGCACAGGAAACUCCAGACUCAGGGGGUCCUGAAGCACCGCUGGGCCGUCCUCUACCUGCUGCUGAGUCUCUCUGAAGACCCCCGUAAGCCGUCCACCAGGGUGGGAAACUUCGGCGCCCUGUUCGCCCAGGCCCUCCCCAGGGACGCCCACUCCACGCCGUUUUACUGCACCCGGCCCCAGAGCCUGUCGCUGGGCCACGGAGAGAGGGGCGCCGCCUUGGCGGGGAGCGUCGGCACCAGCGGGAUUUCCAGCCUAGGGGUGUACACGCUGAACGGCCCCACGCCACAGUCGCUGCUGGGGGGUCAGCCGCCUCCGUCUGCCGCUGGAGCUGCUCCGCCUCUCGGCUCACGAUUAGCCUGGGCUCUUCCCAUAAACUCCUCCCCUUCUUCUGCCUUAGCCCCGCCCACGUCUCGGCCUCCCCUCGGGCCUCCGGUCCCGACGGCCAGAGCGAUCCGUCCUCGCCAGGACGCCGAUCCAGCUGGUGAGGUCACCGAGGCCGCGCUGGUGCGGGACGUCCUUUACGUCUUCCAGGGAAUCGACGGGAAGUUCAUCAAGAUGAACGUCCAGGAGAACUGCUACAAAAUUGACAGCAAGGUGGUGCUAUGCAAAUCCCUGAGGGACACCAGCAGCAGACUGGCUGAACUCGGCUGGCUCCACAACAAAGUGCGGAAGUACACGGACGCCAGGAGCCUGGACCGGGCCUUCGGGUUGGUCGGGCAGAGCUUCUGCGCCUCGCUCCAUCAAGAGCUGAAGGAGUACUACCGCCUCCUGUCUGUCCUCCACUCACAGCUGCAGGUGGAGGAUGAACAGGGCGUGGCCAUUUGGACUGAGAGCAGCCUGACCCUCCGGAGGCUGCUGGUCUGGAUGUACGACCCCAAAGUGCGCCUCAAAACCCUCGCCGCUCUCGUCGACUUCUGCCAAGGUCGGAAGGGCGGCGAGCUGGCCUCGGCGGUCCACGCCUACGGGAAAACGGGCGACCCUCAGAUGAGAGCGCUGGUCCAGCACAUUCUCUGCCUGGUGUCGCACCCCAUCCUCAACUUCCUGUACCGCUGGAUCUACGACGGCGAGCUGGAGGACACCUACCACGAGUUCUUCGUAGCUUCAGAUCCGAACGUGAAGACGGACCGUCUGUGGCACGAUAAGUACUCCCUCAGGAAGUCCAUGAUCCCCUCCUUCAUCACCAUGGACCAGGCCCGCAAGGUGCUGCUCAUCGGGAAGUCCAUCAACUUCCUGCAUCAGGUCUGCCACGACAGAACGCCGCCCGGCAAAAUCACACCGGCCUCCAAACCCGCAGACAGUCCCAAAGACGCCGCAGAGCUGCUGUCCGACCUGGAGGGGGCGUUCCAGGAGAAAAUCGACGCGGCGUAUUUCGACACCAGCAAAUACCUGCUGGACGUUCUGAACCGGAACUACCUGCUGCUGGAGCACCUCCAGGCCAUGAGGAGGUACCUGCUGCUGGGCCAGGGAGACUUCAUCCGCCACCUGAUGGACCUGCUGAAGCCGGAGCUGGCUCGUCCUGCUACCACCUUAUACCAGCACAACCUGACCGGCAUCCUAGAGACGGCCGUCAGAGCCACCAACGCCCAGUAUGACAACGCCGAGAUCCUGAAGAGGCUGGACGUGCGCCUGCUGGAGGUGUCCCCGGGUGACACGGGCUGGGACGUCUUCAGCCUGGACUAUCAUGUGGACGGGCCCAUCGCUACGGUGUUCACCAGGGAGUGCAUGGGCCACUACCUGCGCGUCUUCAACUUCCUGUGGAGGGCCAAGAGGAUGGAGUACACGCUCACCGACAUCUGGAAGGGGCAGAUGUGCAACGCCAAGCUGCUGAAAACCAUGCCCGAACUGUCCGGCGUCCUGCACCAGUGUCACAUCCUGGCGUCGGAGAUGGUCCACUUCAUCCACCAAAUGCAGUACUACAUCACCUUUGAGGUUCUGGAGUGCUCGUGGGACGAGCUGUGGAACAAGGUGCAGCAGGCUCAGGACCUGGACCACAUCAUAGCGGCUCACGACGUCUUCCUGGACACCAUCAUCUCCAGAUGUCUGCUGGACAACAGCAGCCGGUCGCUCCUGAACCAGCUGAGGGCCAUCUUCGACCAGAUCAUCGAGUUCCAGAGCGCCCAGGACGCCCUGUACCGCUCCGCCCUGGAGGAGCUGGCCCUGCGGCUGCAGUACGAGGACAGGAAGCGGCAGAGAGAGGAGGAGGGGGAGUGGGCGGUGACGGCCCAACAGGAAGCGGAGGAGAAGAGGAGGAUGCAGGACUUCCAGAACACCGUCCCAAAGAUGCGGUCUCAGCUCCAGAUCCUGACUCACUUCUACCAGAGCAUCGUGCAGCAGUUCCUGGUUCUGCUGAUGACCAGCUCCGACGAGAGCCUGCGCUUCCUGAGCUUCCGGCUGGACUUCAACGAGCACUACAGGGCCAGAGAGCCGAGGCUGCGCGCGUCUAUCGGCGCCACAAGGGGGCGCCGGCUGUCCAACAUCUGACAGGGCGCCCCCUGAGAGCAAAGGUAGGAGGAGCUACAGACGUCCGCCGACUACGCUACGCGGGACCCGUCCACUCCGGUCACUAAGAGACGACGCCGGCAGGGCCGGUUCUGAUGAGGAAAGGACUCUCCGGCUCGGAGUCUGGACUCUCUUGGAGCGGUGGCGGCGUGAGGAGGUGGCGCCGCCAGAGCCGAACGGGGAGUGCAGAGCAGUGCGGAUAUGCCACCUCCUCGUUAGGCUCCGCCCCCCCAGGUGUGAAGUGUUUCCUGUCUGCUCUGUUUGCCGUUUCAGCGGAUCAGUUUAACUUUAUUUAAACACAUUUCCACGACAACAACUCAUCAAACCACAGGAACUGUGACCUUUUCAAAAUGUAAAUAUUCUUCAUUCAAGUCCAGAAGAUUAUUUUCUAUGUAGAAACUUUACAGAAAAGUAUUUAUUGUUUGUUUUUCUACCUGAUGAAAACAGGAUUAGCAUCAUGGACUCGUAGCAUCUCCUGGUUCCAUCGGAGGGCGUGAUGUUUGUUGUUUUUUUAACUUUUCUGAUGCUGCUUUUGGUCUGCAGGCCUUCAGCGGGUUCACAAACCACCAAUGCCAUUCACAUCCCAUCCAUGCGUUUAAUAAAAGUGUUUUUAUGGA